AUGUAUGACGAAGAGUGUUUGUUACUAAUUAUCGCACGCACACAGAUCAUGCUUAGAGUUAUCGGCUUUCAGAAAAGGAAUCUUGCCAGAGUGAUCUCACAGAGGACUUAUGCUCCUCCUCUUGGUCGCUCAUUCGCAGUUGCCACCAAAGGGGUCACUGUUGAAACCAAUUUGAAGACCGAGACUAAUAGAUUAGAGAAAACUCUCCAAAAAUUCUGGGAGAAAAUUACUGUUGAAAAUGAUGGUGCUGAAAUCUCGGUGAAGAUGGAUGGGAAAUGCUUGAGAACCCCUUUAGGUAACGAGAUUAUCUUGCCAAAAUCAAAACCAAUUUUAGCUGAAUUGAUUGCCUUGGAAUGGAGAAACUUGCCAAACUUGUCCAUCAAACCCCAUCAAGUACCUUUGACUUCCAUCACUGCUCGUGCGAUUGAUUUGAAAUUGGCUAAUAAUGCUGAUGCAGAAGGAAAAGCCAAAAUUGGAAACAGACAACAUAUCAGUGAAGAAUUGUUGAGAUACUUGGAUACUGAUACUUUGUUGAUCUUUUCCCCAGCCGAUGAAUUCGAAGGGGCGUUAAGAGCCGAACAAGACAAAUUAUAUAAGCCACUCAUGUCUGAAGUCGAAGAGUUGUUGACCAGCUUGCACCCGGAAAAAGAAGAGAUAAAACUUUCUUUCCUUGAUUGCGAGGUUCACGGGAUUAGAAGCAACAAACAAUCCGAAGCUACAAAAAUUGCCGCCCAGAAAUUUAUGGACUCAUUAGAUGUUUAUUCAUUCGUUGCUUUUGAAAAAGCUGUUAUGAGCAGCAAAUCAUUUAUCUGUGGUAUGUAUACCGUAAUGUUGCUGCGUGAAGCUGAUGGACAAAUGAGAUUGGAGUUAGAUAACAUUAUCAGAGCUUCAAAUUUGGAAACUAUUUACCAGACUGAAAGAUGGGGAGAAGUUGAAGAUACCCAUGAUGUUGACAAGGAAGACAUUAAAAGAAACUUGACUUCUGCCGUGUUGUUAGCUCAUGGAUCUACAUAG